GCGUGUAUUUGGCCCUGUUUGGACACGCAUCGCGAUCCGCGCUGGAGGACAACCGCGGGAGGCAGUCGCCGUGGUGCGUAUAUAACCUCGUCGACGUCUCCCCCGUUUCGUCUCCUCGCCUUCUCCUUUUCACAUCAUCCAUUACCUUCCAAACGUUCACGACCCUUACACGACCGACGAGAUGUGCGGGAUCUUUGCGUACUGCAGCUACCUCCAGGAGAAGCCGCGAUCGCAAGACGAUUGCGAAAUCCUUUGCAAUGGGCUUUUGCGCCAAGAAUACCGCGGCUACGACUCCGCCGGCAUGGGCAUCGACGGCGACAAGCCCGGUGAGAUGCUCUUCUUCAAGGAAGUCGGCAAGGUCGCUGGGCUCCGCAAGAAGGUCGCCGAGUCGAGUGUCGACACAUCCAAGACGUUCCUCUCGCAGGUGUCCAUCGCGCACACGCGCUGGGCGACGCACGGCCCGCCGUCCGUCGUGAACUGCCACCCGCUCAAGAGCGACCCCAAGGCCGAGUUCACCGUCGUCCACAACGGCAUCGUCACCAACGCGAGCGCGCUCCGCCUCGUCCUCCAGAAGCGCGGGUACAAGUUUGAGAGCGAGACGGACACGGAGGCCGUCGCGAUCCUCACGAAAUACAUCUACGACUCGCAGCCGGAAAAGCGCAUGAACUUCACGGAGCUCGUCAAGACAGUCCUGAAGGAGCUCGAGGGUUCGUUUGCAUUCGUCUUCAAGUCGAGCCACUACCCCAACGAGAUUGUGACUGCCCGUCGUGGGUCGCCGCUGCUCAUUGGUGUGAAGACCGAGAAAAAGCUCAAGGUAGACUUCGUCGAUGUCGAGGUUGCCGGCCCUGAGGAGACUGUUGACGCUCUCGCGUCCCCUGUCCAGAACCGCCCCGGCGGUCUCCUGGCGCCUCCCGCAGCAAACCCACCCAACCUGCUUCGCUCGCAAUCGCGCGCUUUCAUGUCCGAGGACGGCAUGCCGCAGCCGAUCGAGUUCUUCGUCGCAUCUGACGCGUCGGCGAUCAUCGAGCACACGAAGCGCGUGCUCUACCUUGAGGACGACGACAUCGCGCACAUCUCCGAGGGCGAGCUGCACAUCCACCGGCUGCGGAGCACGAACAAGGAGGGCGGGCGCGCGACGCCGGCGCAGCGCAACAUCGAGACGCUCGAGAUCGAGCUCGCGGAGAUCAUGAAGGGCAAGUUCGACCACUUCAUGCAGAAGGAGAUCUACGAGCAGCCCGAGUCCGUCGUCAACACGAUGCGCGGGCGUGUCAACUUCGACAAGAGCCAGAUCACCCUGGGCGGGCUCCGCGAGUACCUCCCUAUCAUCCGCCGCGGCCGCCGCAUCGUGUUCUGCGCGUGCGGCACGAGUUACCACUCCGCGGUCGCGACGCGCGCGAUCUUCGAGGAGCUCACGGAGAUCCCGGUCAGCGUCGAGCUUGCGAGUGACUUCCUCGACAGGAAGACCCCUAUCUUCAGGGACGAUGUCUGCGUGUUCGUCAGCCAGAGCGGUGAGACGGCGGAUACGAUCUUGGCCCUGCGGUAUUGCCUGGAGAGGGGCGCGCUGUGCGUUGGUGUCGUCAACGUCGUCGGCUCGACGAUGUCGCGUGAGACGCACUGUGGUGUGCACAUCAACGCCGGCCCCGAGAUCGGUGUCGCGUCGACCAAGGCAUACACCUCGCAGUACAUCGCGCUGCUCAUGGUGGCUCUGCAGCUGUCCGAGGACCGUAUCUCGCUCACGGAGCGCCGGACACAGAUCAUCGAUGGCCUCCACGCACUCCCGGGCCAGAUCCGCAAAGUGCUCGAGGGCGACAAGAGCCUGCAGGAGUUUGCCACCGGCGUGCUCGCGAACCAGCGCAGUCUCCUGCUCAUGGGCCGCGGCUACCAGUACGCGACGUGCCUGGAGGGCGCGCUCAAGAUCAAGGAGAUCUCGUACAUGCACUCGGAGGGCAUCCUCGCGGGCGAGCUCAAGCACGGGCCGCUCGCGCUGAUCGACGAGAACAUGCCGGUGAUCAUCGUGAUGACGCAGGACUCGCUCUACCCGAAGGUGCAGAGCGCGUUCGCGCAGAUCACCGCGCGCAAGGCGCAGCCGAUCGUGAUCUGCAACGAGGGCGACGAGGGCAUCCCCGAGGGCGCGAGGACGAUCCGCGUGCCGCGGACGGUGGACUGCCUCCAGGGCAUCCUCAACAUCAUCCCCCUGCAGCUGCUCAGCUACCACCUCGCGGUGAAGAACGGCUUCGACGUCGACUUCCCGCGGAACCUCGCGAAGUCGGUCACGACGGAGUGAGCGGGCUGGGACGGAUGGUGCGAUUGGGUUGUUGUAUGAAUGACGGACCUUGGCAUCGCUUUCGGACGCUAGUGUAAGACUUUUGACUACAAGUUUCGAUACCUCUGUUCGGGCCCUCGCGCGUGUAAAAGUACGGAUAACGGGAUUUUAGACUUUCAAAUUUUCAUCCACGGACCUGUGGCCUAUAGCAACACCACCCCGCCUAAACGCGGCGCCUCAAGAG